CAACCAUCGAUCAUCAUCCCCUUGGGCCUACGCAACGCAGCAACUGUGACCAUCGCAGACCAGCAUAUACGCUUUCAAGAGAUGCUCAUCAGGAUACCCAUCUGAGCCAAUACCACUCAUAGGGCAGAGCGGCUGCACCUUGGAACCACCUCGUCUGCUUCCCCUGACGCGAUUGAGCUCAUGGCAGGGUUCAGUAGAAGCGCGACCCUUACGGACGAUGGCAGGGCAGGGCACCGAUCUUCCUCACCUUGGCUCGACCGCCGCUUCUCUUCUUCCGGCACGAGGGCAGCAACAUCGUCAUCGCCCUCACUCGCAGCAGCAGCGACAGCCGGCGCAGCCGCCUCUCCAUCGAUGCUGGGUAGCACAGGCUCCUCAUUGUCCUCCGCCUCGGCAUUUUCGCCCCACUCCUUCUCUCCGAUACACCCAGAACCUGAUAAGCGAGGCAAUCUCGAAUACAAGCUGCGCAUCCUUCCCGUCACGCCCUCGCGCUUCUCCCGCUUGGUGACUCAGCUGAAGUGGCGUCUAGCUGAAGGGGGAGGUCUCGCUGUUUACGAGAUUGGCGUGUUGGACGAUGGUACCCUCAUUGGUUUGCCUCAGGACGAGAUGAGGGGCAGCUUGACUCAGCUCGCGAUGAUGGGCCAGGCACUGGGAGCAGACUGCGAAGUCAGAAGAUGCAUCUUGGUCGAGAGGGGCAGCGCUCCGACCAAUGAUUCAGAAGAAGCCGCAGCAGGCCAGUCUCCCAAACUUGUUCCAUAUCGGCACAAGCUUGGUACCUCGUCGAAGAACCAGUCUGCAGGUCUUGACAAUAUCGUCGGACUACGAGCCCUGGACAAUGAAGAGGCAGCCAAGGUCUUGGGGACCGGUGAUAACGACCAACACGCAUCCAGUUGGGACUUUUGCAUAACCAACAGCGAGUCAGAGGGCGAUGAGUAUGCUACAGGGACGGACGGCGCCGCGACCAGUAGUGGAGGUGCCACGGACACUGGGACACCUCUUGAAGAGGAAGACAAGUCGGAUGAAGACGGUUUUGCCUUUUCCUUGAGUCUCAGCGAUGAUGAGGACCUCGCUGUGCGGCCGCCAGCCCAAAAGGUGAAUGACAAAUCUAGGAGACCUUCGCGGCCGAUAAGCAACUCCCCUUGGCAAGCCAGAACACCCGACUUCUCUCCGACUGUGAGCAGAGCUUCUCCUGUCAUCGCAGCACAGACUCGCACAGCGACUGCUUCCAGCAGCGGUCUCCUGCCAGCUCUUGUAGAGAAGCACUUGACCCGGGACCCCUCUUGCGAUGGCCCCACGAAGAGCAGUCCGCCCUCGGGUAGUAUCCUCGGUCUCUCGCCGAAACAGUCUUCACCUGAUGCGGCUUCCAUCGACAAUUCUUUCGAACCAAGAACCUCAAGUCCACAAUUCUUACCUCCUCCGACCCAGCAGCAGCAUCCCUUCACCGACCUGGCUGGACUUGAUGUAGAAGGCGUCCUCCGCUUCACGCUUGACACCAGGCCCAAUGCUGCAGCAAAGAAGACCAAGAGGAAGAGCGGAAGACGGGGUCGGGUAGAGAGGGAAAGAGUUGAAGCGCUUCUCUUCUCUGACACGAAAGUAAAGGAAGAGGAACAGCCGCAGGAAGCGAGUUCGUCAAGUCCUCACCCUCAAGAGCCCAAAGCGCCGUCACACUCGGCUGCGAACCACCCCAAGCAACUUCCCACCAAGUCGCAAUAUAGUCGCGGUCCCCGAUUGGAGCGCCGAGCGCGUCGUCUUGCAGAGCUCAAGGCGAGGGAGCGAGAAGGCGAAGGGCUGCUCUUUGCUCUCUCCUCCGCCGAGUCAGAUCCUUCACCGGCUUCGCUGGAAGAGCGAGUGAAGUGGUGGAGGUAUGCGGGCCUGACGUUUGAGGACGAGCUCCCCCACUAUGACAGUGUCAGGCAGGCUUGGGUGAGAGAAGUAGCCGAAUGGCUGACUGUGAAGGAAGUCAGAGAUCUAGCUGAGUGCUGGGCACCCGAGGAAGUCAAGGACGCGCUGGCGAAUUCUGACUACCCAGAAUCGAUCACGGUGGAAGGCGAUGUCCAAACCCCUGCGCCUACAACACCAGCUGCAGAGGCGGAUGCGACCCCCUGUGGAGAGACUCAAGUUAGUAGGAAAUCUGCAAACCGCCGCAAGCGGCAGGAACGCCGGCGAGCCAUGGGACAAGAUCCGGAGGGUCAUCGCAGGAACAACAACUCUGCGUAUCGUCCGGAAUUUGCACCUCCGCCGUCCUCUGCCGUGAACAUUCCAGCUCGAAAUGGCGCUAGCACUGCUUCGACGGGCCAAGGUGGCAGUAGAUCCCACCCGCUGUCCCGAAGCCAACUCAGCUCCUUUUCGGACGAAGACGAUGAGGAAGAAGAGGACUCAUUCGGCAUGGGCCUGACCCUCAACAUUGACGAGACCCCCGAAGGUGUGCCCGCGACCGCUGGCAAUGGCAUUAGCACGUCCAGUGACACCAGCACCGCCGCGCCUGUUUCUGUACAGCAGGCGCUGGCUACCUCACCAUCACCUUCGGCCACAUCGACGAUCACCAGCCUCGGAGCUGGCUCAUUCAGUAGUCCAGAGACUGCUAUAGCUGUAUCCGGCAUGACAAGUGAUGUAGCCAGACUCAAACGCUCAGUGCAGGCGGAGAUCUCAAAAGAGGACGAGGAGGAUACAGAGAAGAGUCUUGAGAGCUUGGCGGCUAGCGGAAAGAUGCGCUUCAUUGUGGAGGCAGUGCUAUCUCUCAGACUGCGCGAGGGUGAGGGUAAGGCGGCUCGGCGAGGCUUGAGCAACAAGACGGCGCGGGUGUACGAGGCUGUGGUGCCCGAAGCGGCACGUGAGAGUGCGAAGGAAGAGGAAGAUGACGACGAUGAUGAUGAUGAUAGCGAAGGUAUGACUGGUUGGACGCUGGACUAAGUGGGGCUCAAUAGGGACAGAGACGGGGUAGUAACGCAGCACCUCAAGGCGUGGGCUCAUCCAUUGUACAUUUCUUCCUGCUUCAUAAACCACCAAGUCUGCUCGAGGCGUC